AUGGCACACCUGCUGCCGCUCCUUCACCUGCGGGUGGACACCAACAGCAGCCAUCUGAAGACAGCACGUCUGUUGCAGCUGCUUCACCUUCGGGCGGACACCAACAGCAGCCAUCUGAAGACAGCACGUCUGUUGCAGCUGCUUCACCUUCGGGUACGCUCGCUACUGUACAGCAUGGGCCCGGAGGCCCGCCCGCUUCUCGAGACUUUCUCGCUCGACGCCCAGUCGCUCGCUUCAUACCAAGUCGUUGCCACCCGCUUCACUGAGCACUUCGUGCACCCCGCAAACGAGCUUUACGAAUCGUCACGGUUCCACAGAUGCGUUCAGCUGCCCGACGAAAGCGUCGACACGCUCGUACGCGACCGGUUCGUCGUCGGCCUCCGCGACUCGCGUCUCUCGGACCAGGUGUGCCGGAACGCGAAGUUGACGCUACAGGACGCCUGGACGCAAGCCCGUCAAUCCGAAGACGCCGACAGACGCCGACGCACCGAGCACUCCCUCGAGCUCAACCUCGACGCCGCAAAUGCUAACAAGUUCCCCUCUCGUCAUCGCUCCGGCGCUAAGCCUCGUUCGCCGCAGCCGCAGGCAGAACGCUCAUGUGAGCCGUCCAGAUGUGAAUUCUGCGGCCGCGCGCCUCAUCGACGUUCAGACUGCCCGGCCCGUCCCUCCACCUGCAACUUAUGCAAAAAGAAAGGCCACUUCGCCGAAGUAUGCCGCUCGCGGAAGUUGAAGCAGUACAAGCUAAGCUCCGUUCACCUGAACGCCGUUGCGACGCCCGCCUCGGCAAAGUUCGUCAACGUCACCGUUGACGACUACACAGCCCAGUUCAAAGUCGACUCCGGAGCCGAAGUAUCUGCUGUUCCCAGCGACUUUCCUACCUUGCCUGCCAAACUCGACCAAGUCGACACUCUGCUCACUGGCCCGGGAGGACAGCCCCUGCGCGUGCUGGGCUCGUAUGUGGCACGACUUCGGUGGCACGGGAAAACAAGCUGUCAGCGCCUCUACGUGAUCCAGUCUCUCACUGUGCCUCUUCUGGGACUGCCAGCGCUCCAAGCCCUCCAAGCCGUUCGGUUUCUUGAUCAACUCAAGACUUCAAAAGCGACGCUGCACGCCGAGCUCUUUAAUGGAUUGGGCACUCUCAAGGACGAGUACACCAUCCGGUUGAAACCCGAUGCCGUACCUACUGGACAUCCCUGGGAAUUCCUUGGAAUGGACUUGUUCCAACUCAACGGCCAGACGUUCAUCCUGGUGGUGGACUAUUACUCAAGGUUCCCUGAGGUAGUGACCCUGAGGAGCACGACAGCUCAGGCAGUCAUUGACGCUCUCAAAUCCAUCUUUGCCCGCCAUGGAAUCCCGCAAGAAGGCAGGUCAGACAACGGUCCACCGUUCUCGUCGCAAGAGUUCGCGGCAUUCGCAGCGUCAUACGGCUUUAACCACAGGACCAGCAGUCCACACUACGCUCAGUCGAACGGAGAGGCGGAGAGGAUGGUGCGUACUAUCAAGGACCUGUUUCGAAAUUCAAAGGAUCCUUAUCUGGCUCUGCUCCGCUAUAGGGACACUCCAGGAGUCAACGGCUUUAGUCCAGCCCAGCUGUUGAUGGGACGUCAACUCUGA